UGAAGCUGACUGGUUCUGCAAUACAUUCUGUCACACAUUCAGAAGGAGUGUGUUCCUUACUGAGUACACAAACUGUUGAGACAACAGGUUUUUUUUCAAUCUUUCAACAAAGGAGAAUUAUGUUUUUUUCACUGAGAUUCCUUGUACUUCUCGCAGGGUUGCUAGUGAUCACUGCUGAGGAAAAUAAAUGGACCAGUGAGAAGUGUACUGAGAAGAAAAGUCUUUAUGAUACUCUUUGGGAUGACAAUAGUAAUAUUGCCCAGGAAGCUCUAAAUACUAAUUUUUUGGUUCUCAUGGCUGGUGGAUCCCUGGCAGCUGAACGGUAUAUGAAUUUCACUCUGCAGGACAUCUACUAUGCUGUGAAGGUGACAGAACUUCUAAAUAUCCAAGCCAAAAAAAGUGACCCACGAAAAGAUGUACGUGAAUUUUUCAAUGGCAGAAAUGCCAGCUACACAAGAUUUGCAAAUGACUUGCUCACUGAAUUUCAUUUUAAGGUUUUUCCUACACUUGAGCCUUCUCCAGCUAUGAAGAAAUAUAUUUCAAGUUUUGAUGCCUUACUGAAGGAGGAUCCCCUAUACUUUGUUGUUGGUUUACUGCCUUGUUCUAAGCUCUGGCCAUACCUUGCACAGAACAUGAAUAUCAAGGAAUCAAGCCCAUAUAUCAACUUCAAAAACAACAACAAGGAUGAUCGCUCCCGGAAACAUUUUGAACAGGUUCUUGAAAACCAUCGUAAAGAAAUGAAUGAGUCAAAAGCAAAUUACAUAUUUAAGUCUCAUAUGGAAAAUGAACGAGAUUUUUUUGCUGAAUCUUGAGCUAGUGUUUGUGGACAAGUGGCAAACCUUUACCUCUCUAAAAAUGCUUUGUAAACAUUAUAUAAAAAUAAAAAACACAACUGAAUUUUA